CGGCCAACGACCAUCGACCAUCGAGCAACGCCCAACAUCCAUUGACAAACACCCACCUCCUCGACCAUCAACUACCGCACCCGCGCCCGCCAUGUCCGUCAUCCGCCCGUUCGAGGCGACAGACGUACUCCGCUUCACGAGCGUGCAGGCAGACCCGUGGACGGCCACAUACCACAACGGAUACUACGCGAGCUAUGUCGCGCAGUGGCCCGACUUUUGCGUGUCUGCGAGCGGCGCAUUUGAUGACAACGUCGGCGCUUACAUGAUCGCCAAGCACGAGCCCCCACCACCCGACACGCAACAUCACGGGCACUUGACAGCCAUGUCGAUCUGCCCGCGCAUGCGUGGAACGGGUCUCCCGCGCGUAUUCAUGGCCAUUCUCGAGCGCCUGUCGUCGGACGGCUCGGAAGGUUGGCCCAGCCCGGAAAAGGACCCGACAGACUGCGUGGAUGCCUGGUUCGUGGACCUCUUUGUGCGGUGCAACAACCACCGCGCGAUCGACAUGUACGAGAAGUUCGGGUACAGCGUGUACCGGCGAGUAGUAGACUAUUAUCACCGGAUGGAGGGUGCGGGGGCGUCGCGCGACGAGUUAGACGGCUUCGAUAUGCGCAAGUCGAUGCCGCGAGACACGGGAGGGAGGUACGUCCGAGCAAACGGGCGCGAUACGCUCGUAACCCCAGAUCAGGUGUGGGCAUAGUUUAUCUGCAUAGCAUUGUAUCGUAGUUGCGAAGCAUAGAGUAAAGUUGUGUGGUAAGCUCGGUUUAAAGAUGGAAGUCAACGGGAAACGA